GUGACAGCUUCCAGAAUGGAAUUACCAAAAGACCCAGACGGUUGUCCUUCGGCCUCUUGGUUAAUACAUUUGCCUCUGCUUGCUCCCUCCCAAGUUUUAACUACAAUCAGAGAAAACCCUAAAGAAAUUUUCUAAAAGAAAAAAGACUGUGGGUUAGGGUUUCAGCUACAGAAAGGAGAAGCAAUGAAAGGGGGAAGGAAGAAUCUAAAGAGGGCAGCAAAAGACCAAAACUUGAGCCUUCAACAUGGCCAAAGCAUUAUGCAAGUGCUGUCUUUAAGGGGAUCCAAUCUCAUUGAGGUAGUGGAUGCUCGAGGAGGGAAAUCACUAGCACUAUUUCCAGCUAAAUUUCAGAAGAGCUUGUGGAUAAAACGAGGGAGUUUUGUUGUAGUUGAUGAAAGUGGAAAAGAAAAGGCGCUUGAGUCUGGUAGCAAGGUGGCAUGUAUUGUUUCUCAAGUUCUGUUCUAUGAGCAACUUCGUGCACUACAGAAAUCUCCAGAAUGGCCUGAAAAUUUCAAAUCCUCGAAUCUGGAUGAUUUAGUUGAAAAUGAUGGUGGUGCCACCUCAGAAUGUUUGCAGAGACAUCCCUCCCAGCAAGAAGUGGAGGAUGAGUUAGAGUCAAGUGAUGAUGAUGGACUUCCUCCACUAGAAGCUAAUCUGAACAGAAUCAAGCCAUUUGAGCUGCAAUCAGACAGAGAAUCAGACUCAGGAUCGGAUUCAGAUUGAUUAAUGAUUAUAACAUACUAAUAUAAACUAAGAUAAACCAAUCUUCCAAUUUUUACUGUUGAUUUCUCAUGUAAAAAAAUGACAUGAAGUGGGUCAUUUCUAGUACCCAAACGUUCUUACACGAUUAAAUGUGUGUCAGCUUCUUGUAUUGUAAUCUUUGAUAGUUUCCAAUGUAGGAAAAAUCUUGUGUUGAGAAAAGAAAACAACCCGCAACAAGGGUUCAUUCAGUUUUGUUAAAGUUUAAA